AUGGAGAGCCAAGAUCUUUCGUCACCCCACGUGGACGCAUCUCGACCGUCGCUGGGCUUCCCCUUAGGUACUGCCCUUCUCUUGAUCAUCAUCUUCAGCUUGAGUGGCAUCCUCUCAUACUGCUACCACUGGGACAAACUCCGUUCCCUCCGUCAAUCUUUCUCAGAUUCCAACCCUCAAACCCAUUCCUCACCCUCCAAAUCUAUGCUUCACAACACGGAAUUGAGGCAAAACAGGGGUCAAGGCUUGCCAGUGUUAAUGCCAGGGGAUGAGGUACCAAAGUUCAUAGCGAUGCCGUGUCCGUGUGAACCUUCGCGUUCAGAGAACAUCACUGUGACCGUGGAGAAGCAACCACCCAAACCACCGCAACUGCCAAUCCCUUUGUAUUUGUAACUAGUUAGUUGUGCUACAACGUUGCCACCAUUUGUUGUUGGAAUGAAUAUU